AUGGCAGAUGACCCCACUCCUACCACUACCGAAUCGACAGCCUCACCGGUAGUAUCGGUGCCGCCUAGCCGGGACGAUAUCUUAUGUACGAAGGCUGAGGACGCUUCCCAGGAUCGAGCUGCUCCGCUGUCAAACGCUCUUACCCACGACUCAGCUGAAAGUGUAGUAGCCACCAACGCCGACAGAACCUCUUCUGUUUCCAGCGACCUGGUAGACGACGUCCGGAUGGCUGGUAAAUCAAAGUCACGCCAGAAUUCUGGGUUGGUGAAGAGUGUGCGGUAUGAAGAGGCAGCUGAUGCACCCGCGCCCAAGGUCGUUGGAAAGAUCGACAAGCCAAGCGAGGCGUUGUUGAAUAAUGCGAGGGACGACUCUGUCAGCUUGCGGAGUUCGAAUGGAAAUAAGAUCGCCAACUUGAGGGCCGCAUUUGAGAAUGGAUCAUCGCCGGAACGAUCAUCGAGCUCACUGAGUUCGAUGAGGAAACGCUUCGGUGGUGGUGAUAAAGGUAAUGGCGGUUCCGUCAAGUCGAGUGGGCGCCUGGGAGAGGCAAGAGAGGAUCUGGAGAAGGAAAGAGAGCUGAGGCAGAAAUAUGAACAGAACAGUGGAGUGUUGGAGGAAGAGACCGAGAAGCUUCGACAUGUGUAUGACCAGAAGUGCACAUUCCUGGUCGAGGAGGCCGAGCAACAGCGGGUUAACUACGAAGAGAGGUAUGCUCAGCUCGCGGAGAGCACAGAGAUGCAGAGGCGAUCGUUGGAGGAGAAGGUCGCUGCUCUGGAAAGGCAGGCGGCCGAGCAGCAGGUUGCUUGGGAGCAAGAGUUUGCCUCCGUAAGGCGUGAGAGAGAUGGUCUGCACAUGCAGCUGCUGCAGCAGACUCCACCACCAGAAGACCUCGAGAUCGGCCAAGCAGUGACUGGAGAUGAAGUGACUUGGCUCAGACGUCAGCUAGCUGACUUGAAGAAGACAAUCUCAACGUCGACACGGAUGGAUGGGCAAGUCACAGAUUCAGUAUUUGCGCAAGAGACUGGCGUGUUACACCACGAGCUCCAAAACUGGAUUGUCAACAAUUUCCGACGAGCACGAGGAGACGUCACCGCACAAGAAAUGUGCGACAAGCUGAGCAACAUCGAGCUGACACCCGGUCAACGUCAUCAACUACGACCAAUGUACGCUGCCUAUCAACCAGCCGCAAAGCUAUCCAUGUACCAAGCCACUGCGAUCUCCCUGCUGAUGGACAUCUUUGAAGACAAUUCCCUGUACGGCCUAGCAGAAGACGUCGCCUGGCGUCAGAAGCUCUGCGAAGCCGGCAACGGCCUUGAAAAUGUCCUGAGCCCAGUAGCGCACAAUAAAUGGCGCGCAGUAACCCUCGAUGUCAUCCGCCAGUCCGAGGGCAUGGAGGACGUGAUUUCCACAGCUGCGAAAAAGGUGGCAGAGAAGAUCUGCCACGCCCUCACCAUUCUCUCCGAGGUCGAGGGUACCGUCACAAGAUUAGCGGUCCUGACUAGUAUCGUCACCCGCGCGAUUGAAUUACAGCAUAUUUUCCGUGUGCAAAAGGCAGGAUAUCAAUUCGAUCUUCCUUCGACCAACGAUAUCUUCCACCUGGAUGUCAUGGAGGACAUUGCCGUGGAAGCUGAUUCGCCGGGCGAGCAUAUGGUCCGGAUUGUGAAGUGUGCCACCUUCCCUUCAGUGCUCAAGGUCGGCGACGAGUAUGGCGAUAACGUACAUUUGACGAACGUCAUCUUCCGGGCCAAGGUCUUCUGUGGCUGA